AUGAACGAAAAGGGUUGCGAAGGCGAACAGUCGUCUUCUUCGUGGGAUAUCGCGGGGCCAUCGUCUUUGGCAGCCAUUCUGGACACAGUGUUUACAUCCACUGAAUCUGACAGUCAACUAAGGAACGAACGAAUGGAGUGUGAUGCUCUAUUUGCUGAAAGUGAUGAUGAUGUAGAGGUGCUGCCGUCAACUGGAGAUGUAGCUACAACAACAUCUAAUGAACCGCCUAAACCAGUGUCCUCUAACUACGUGAAUUCAACAACACCUAUCCAACCAUAUGAAGUGAACAUAUCACUGAGUCAUCCAUCAGACUCUCACACACCUGUUCCAGAAGAAUACCAACCUCUGCCUGAUAGUUCUAGUUCCCUUGACUAUUCUUUUGGUUCAAACAACCCUGACAGUACGGAUGCCAGUGGCCAGAGAAGGAUUCCGGACGUCAACAUUCGAUACCAACCUAAACCACAUAAUCAAAGUAAUUACUAUUAUCCAAACUAUCCUUACUUAAAUCCUUCAAGGGAAUAUUUGUAUCAUAAUAAUUUAGUUGUUCUUACUGAUAAUAGGAAUUAUUUAUCUCAUCCACUAUCAUACGCAAUGCCCAACAGGACCCAUAUGUCUGAAAAUCAACCAGAGUUUGUUGAAAAUGUAGAUAUAGGAACAUACAAUGUUAAUCAAGCUAGUGCUGGAAGAAAUACUACUCAGCCAAGCAGCUUAGAACGCCCAAGUCGAAAGUUGAACAUAUCUCCGAGGAGAAGACAAUCAAAAGAAAGUGAUCCAUCAAAUUUAAUAGAAGUUAGUUCAGAUGACGAAGAUUAUAUAAAUGUGCCCAGAAAGAAACAGUGUGGUAAUGGUGCAGGAAAUCAACAAGAGAAUGCUAAUAGAAAUGAAAACCAGACAGGCAACAACUUAGAAGGUAGACAAAGGGUGGAGAUCAAAGGAGAACCUGCAGAACAUAUGGAGAGUGAUGUGCAUGAAUCCAGAUCAAGACAAACAUUAGCUACAGAAAGCGGUCAAAACUUGCCGCCUGAGCUAAGCAGGUCUGGUGUAAAGUUACAAGUUAAACAAGAGAACUCUGGUUGUGCUACAAGAGGUAGUUGCAGUUAUGGAACUAAUCAAAUAACUCCUGCCUCUUAUUAUACAUAUUGUCAAAGAUGCAACAACUGUCAUGAUAGAUCUGAAUCUUGUAGGCCUAUGUACCAGAAUUCAAAUAAUGCCAUCAGUAGUGGAGGUGAGGGUACUUCAAUGGUGCAAGUAAAACAAGAACCCUGCGUGCAACAACCUGUUGUCAAGCAAGAAACUUUGAAGAAAGAAAAUACAGUACUGGCAGGAACUUCUAUUAAAAGAGAAAAUAUUACACCAUGUCAAGUGAAAACAGAGCCAAGAGUUGCAAAUCCUACUACUAGAGAAAAUGUUUCUGUGAAGCCAGAGCAUAUCGAUGCAGGGGGUGAUAUAAGGAGAACACAGGAACCAUCUCCUCAGCCAGGAACUAGUUCAAGAAAUCAAGGGUCAGAUUCUAGAACAACUAAUAACCAAGAGACACAAGGCAACGACCCUCCAGGUGGCUUCCUGUCUGCACCUGAUUUACAACUAGACUGGGUGUCUGAUUCAAGCUCUGAUGAUGGUGUCAUGGUGGUAGGAGACGAUAACAAUACUCAACAGGAAGUAAUUGAUUUAACGGGGUCGCCGUUGCGAACAAUAGCAGAAGCGCGAAUAAACGAAUCGGCAUCGGAUGAAUCGAUCUCAUCGUGGGCAACCGGAAUGCGUCGUAUAAUACGCGGUAUCCCGCAACGUAUAUCAACUUAUAGGGACCAUUCAUCAAUACACAUGAACCACAUGCCUGAGGUGCCCGCGUCCUUACUGCGAGGGAACAGAACGCGUGUGUCGUGCGGGUCGUGCCAACGCUGCUGCUGCGGCCACGCGCAGUGCGUGUGCGGCCGCACCGCGCACCAGCCGCACGCGCACGCGCACUCGCACUCGCACCCGCCGCACGCCGCCCACCACGCGCACCACGCGCACCACGCGGGCCGCGCCCCACCUGCGCACAUGGGUGAACGCCGCCGUGACGGUAUGCCAGUCGCACCGCCGUACCUGGUUCACGAAAGAUUAUGGCAAAGACAACAUCAUAUGCUGGAGAUGCAGCGCCGCACCAUGAUGGGCGACACGUUCGGGCCGGUGUUGCCGCCCGUGCCGGUGCCUGUGCCUCUGCCGCCCACCGCCGUACUUGCGUUCCCUGAUGAGUUAGACCGCGAUUACGGAGGCAGCUCUCAACAACCUAUGAUACUUGAUCGGCAACACGUCCACCAUCAUCACAUGCACCAUUAUCUACAGAUGCAUCCGUCGCCACCGCAUCUACACAUUUCUAUACAGCCCGCCUUCAUGACGAGACAGGGCGCGGGCAUCCUGGCAGCGGCCAUGCUGCGCGCGGCCGAGGAGGACGAGGCGCGGCUGUGGCGCGGGCGCGGCGCGUCCGUGGCCGUCAUCGAGCGCAACACGUACCGCCACGCCUACCGCCCCGCGCCGCAGCACCAGGACGAGAAGUGCACCAUCUGUCUCUCUAUAUUCGAGCUCGACUCCGACUGCAGACGGUUACCUUGCAUGCAUCUGUUCCAUAUGGAAUGUGUGGACCAGUGGCUUAGCACCAAUAAGCAUUGUCCCAUCUGUCGUGUGGAUAUUGAGACUCAUCUUAACAAGGAUGCUACUUUCUAA